AUGGAUCUCAUGAAAAAAGAGAUGAAGGAAACAAAUCUGGAUGACUUGAAAUGUGCCCCGUUUGGAACGUAUAGCAGUGGCUCCCUUCUGAGUAGCUUCCCAAGCUGCGACUGGUUGGAUAAAGAAGAUGUCUAUCAGAGCAGGAAGUCUACCCCCUCCUCCCUUCCUGCAGGAAACGAAGCCUCCUUAGCUACCUCUGUCCUCCAGAAGAAGGAGACCUUUUUCGGCAGCUCUGAAAACAUCACCGUGACCACCGUUUCCAAGGUGACAACCUUUGCGAACGAGGACGUGAAGUUCUCACCUUUUGCAAACUUCCAAGGUUCCAGUCCUCGUUCUGUCGACCAAAGCGAGGACGAAGUUGAAGACUUCGGAGAGUUUGCUCGACCCCCGGACGGUGGAAGCGAGAGACCAACCCCAGGCGGCCCUCAAGAGGCUGACUCAGCCUCCGUCUCCUCAGAGGCUGGAAAAGAAGUUUUUGAUGACUUUGGGGAGUUUCAGGGUGAAAAACCCAAAAUCAGCAAAUUUGACUUUUUAUUGGCCACUUCCCAAGGGAAAAUGAAAUCCAGUGAAGAAAUGAUCAAAAGCGAGCUGGCAACUUUUGACCUCUCCGUUCAAGAUCUGGAUGACUUGAAAUGUGCCCCGUUUGGAACGUAUAGCAGUGGCUCCCUUCUGAGUAGCUUCCCAAGCUGCGACUGGUUGGAUAAAGAAGAUGUCUAUCAGAGCAGGAAGUCUACCCCCUCCUCCCUUCCUGCAGGAAACGAAGCCUCCUUAGCUACCUCUGUCCUCCAGAAGAAGGAGACCUUUUUCGGCAGCUCUGAAAACAUCACCGUGACCACCGUUUCCAAGGUGACAACCUUUGCGAACGAGGACGUGAAGUUCUCACCUUUUGCAAACUUCCAAGGUUCCAGUCCUCGUUCUGUCGACCAAAGCGAGGACGAAGUUGAAGACUUCGGAGAGUUUGCUCGACCCCCGGACGGUGGAAGCGAGAGACCAACCCCAGGCGGCCCUCAAGAGGCUGACUCAGCCUCCGUCUCCUCAGAGGCUGGAAAAGAAGUUUUUGAUGACUUUGGGGAGUUUCAGGGUGAAAAACCCAAAAUCAGCAAAUUUGACUUUUUAUUGGCCACUUCCCAAGGGAAAAUGAAAUCCAGUGAAGAAAUGAUCAAAAGCGAGCUGGCAACUUUUGACCUCUCCGUUCAAGGUUCUCACAAAAGGACCCUAAGUUUGGGCUCCUCCCCUCUGCCCCCAGUGGAGCAGCCCUUUAGGGAUCGAUCAAACACGCUGAGCGAGAAGCCUUCGCUGCCUGUCAUCCGAGACAAGUACAAAGACCUUACUGGAGAAGUAGAGGAAAGUGAGAGAUAUGCCUAUGAAUGGCAGAGAUGCUUGGAAAGUGCGCUGCAGGUGCUACAUGGUGAUUUGAAAAGGGGAAUGUUGGUCACGACAUCUAUAGAGCUGCGAGAAUAG